CCUCAACCGCGUCAGAGCCAGGGGAGCCCCGACGGAGUUAAAAUUGCCUACUCUGCGGUAAUUUCGAUUUCUCCCUGCGUGCGCCGACCACCGUCGCCGCCACUACUUGGAACUCUUAUUAACUUCCCGGUGGACUUCGAAGCCUUUUCUUCCAAUUCGAGCCCCUUUUUAAGCAACAAUGGACGAGGACGUUUCCAAUUCCGUUCGUCGGAUGUCGACCCGAACACGCAAGGUUGCUCCUAAAAUGGCCGCUGCCCUCGCCAGCACUGACAAUCGGACCCAGGCGGCUCUUGCUCGUCUGGAAGCUUUGGAGAGUGACUAUGCAGGAGUCGAGAUGGUUGAGAUUAAUGAUGACGACGAUGCUUCUCUUGACGAUGACGACGAUCAAGUGAAGAGAAUGUUAUCAAUACUAGCAGUUUACUUGUGGAGUUCCUUUUUUUACAUCUUCGCACAAUCUUUGUUUCUUUUUUUUUUUUGGGGGGGGGGGAUGAUUCUGUUUCCAGUGUCUGCAAAGAGGCUGUCAAAAAGCACAAAACGUAAAACUCGUCAGGCAAAAGCACUUGAGAAUGCUAGGAAGGCCCCUAGAACAUUCCUGGAUCUUCUGCGUGAGGCAAACCUGGAAUCUUUACCUCCUCAUGUGCCCUCCUAUUUGCGAGCAGCAGUGGGCCCCCCAAGCUCCACCUCACGUCGCCAUUUCUGCACUGUUUGUGGAUUUACUGCUAACUAUACAUGUGUUAGAUGUGGGAUGCGUUUUUGUGCCAUCCGAUGCCAAAAUAUACACAGCGAUACACGCUGCCUAAAAUUUGUUGCCUGAAAGGCCUGGUCAGCCAAAAUUUGGACCUUUCUCUCUUGUAGUUACGGAAACUUUUAUUCCUUGAUAAUUUUUGUUUCUUUUUUUAUUUUGAAAUGAUAUAGACAUCACAUUUUUGUGCUUGAA